UCAAAAUGGCUGCUGACUAUCUAGCAGUGAUAUUCCGUGUAUCCGUGACCGUAUUCGUAUUUGUGUUUGUCUUUGUCACUAAAGUCCAACAACAGGAGCUGCCGGAACGCACCAUCGAUGUGUCCGCCUGCUAUUCGGAUCCAAACGCCAUCAGAGCCAACUGUAGUUCAACGGAAAUGAUUGCUGUGGAUGAAGUGAACGCAGGCGCUAAAUUGAUCAAUACUUCCUGUAUGUCGGCCUCUACUAUUGUCAACUUAGCAAACCCAGACUGCUGUGAGCGCGAUAACGCCAAUGACUGUUACACGCCCUACCUUAACCAAAACGCUGACCUAACAUAUAGGUACCAUGAAGAGUGCACUGGACAAGAAGCCUGUGGACCUAUCCAGGUACAAUGGAUGCGGAUACCUGAAUCGUGUAAAAAAAAUACACGUUACCGUAAUUUCACCGGCUACUUAGAUAUCCAUUACUACUGCAUCAAAAAUACCAGUGUUGGGGUGUUACCAGAUGUAUCGCUCACUUCUGGCUCCGACAGCGCCCUCUAUCUCCAGGGUCAGCAAUACCCAGCGUAUAUGGUGCAGUCGACAUCUGUCAGCUGUUCUAUAGAAAUGACCCGUGGAUGUGGAAUCAGUGUCCAGGCCAUACACAUCAAUUUUGACAAGGUGGGUGGAGUCUGUCAGCAGAAUAUCACGAUAUCUGAUCUCUCUGGUCAUACUGAAAACAUAACGUGUGACGACAACAACAACUACACCAUCACUAAGAUGUACAGAACGUCAUCCAACUACGCCACACUAGAUAUAUCGAGCAUGCAGGGAAGCGCCCAGUUCUGGAUAGGAUUUAUUCCUGACUCCGGCGGGAGCCUGAGCUUAUCAUGUCCAGCAGUUCCUAGACCAGUGGACACACCUUGUGACGUCUCCUCAGAAAAACGUAAAUCUGAAGCAGCUGACACAGGUGGAGGUAAGUGGCGCUUAUUCUAUCAUGUGACUUGGAGAUGGCUAUUCCGUCUUUGCGUAUUGCAGAGUUAUUUUCUCUUUGGAGCAGCUAUGGAUUGUUACGUAAUUGGUUUGUGUGAGAAAAUUACGUCGUUUUCUCAAAACAUGAUGACGUUACUCUCACAAAUAAAUGACGUAACAAUCAAAACCUGCUCCCUAGAGAAGAUAACUCUGCAAUACGCUAAGACGGAAUUGCAAAAUGAAAAACGUUUGGUAUUAAUGAACGGUAAUCAGUGCAUACUUAAUUUAGAUACUCCAUAG